ACAAAAUAAUUUAAAAAACAAACCGUAAAACCCAUAAAACCCAACGUCUGCGAAAUUCUUAAUUUGUCAUUUGUAUCCGGGCACCAUACGCAGGAAACCAAAGCAAAACCAGUAUUAAAGCAGGUACUGCUAAUAACAGAGUGCGACGACCCUUUCUCCCUUUGCUCCAAUCCUGAUGGCCAAUGCACUGCUAUUGCCUUGGUUUUUGGAGGUGCAAAAUUUGUAAAUGCAUGUGAUAUUUUGAAAUUUGAAUAAUCCUCAAAACAAAUAUAAAGAAACUAGCGUGGUGGCUUUGUGAGUCUUGGUGGCAACAACCCAUGGGGAAGGCCUCAAAGGAUAAGAGGGAUAUUUAUUAUCGCAAAGCCAAGGAAGAAGGGUGGCGUGCACGCAGUGCCUUCAAGCUCCUCCAAAUUGAUGAAGAAUUCAAUAUAUUUGAAGGUGUGAAGCGUGUAGUUGAUUUAUGUGCAGCCCCUGGUAGUUGGAGUCAAGUGCUAAGCAGAAAGCUUUAUCUACCAGCUAAAGCUGCAGCACAGGAUGAGGAGCUCCCCCUUAUUGUUGCUAUCGAUUUGCAGCCUAUGGCUGCAAUAGAAGGUGUGAUUCAAGUCCAAGGAGACAUUACAAGUGCCCGCACAGCUGAUGUGGUCAUCAAACACUUCGAUGGAUGCAAAGCAGAUUUAGUUGUAUGUGAUGGAGCUCCUGAUGUUACUGGACUUCAUGACAUGGAUGAGUUUGUACAAGCACAGCUGAUUCUAUCUGCUCUGACAAUUGUAAGUCAUGUGCUGAGGGUUGGUGGAAAGUUUAUUGCAAAAAUAUUUCGUGGUAAAGAUACUAGCCUUUUGUAUUGCCAGCUUAAACUGUUUUUUUCUACUGUGACUUUCGCAAAACCAAAGAGCAGCCGCAAUUCCAGUAUAGAGGCUUUUGCUGUGUGUGAAAACUAUAACCCUCCAGAAGGAUUCAAUCCAACCGACUUACAUAAGCUCUUGGAAAAAGCUGGAAAUCCUUAUGAUGAUGAUUCAGAUUGCUGCAGUGCCUGGCUUGAAGGGCCAAAUAAAAUUUAUAUUCCUUUUUUAGCCUGUGGAGAUUUAAGUGGAUAUGAUGCUGAUCAAUCAUAUCCACUUCCGAAGGUUGAUUCUGGUGGAACUUCUUAUCAAAGCCUUGAGCCAGUGCAACCACCAAUUGCACCACCAUAUAAAACUGCAAUUGAAAUGAAAAAAUCUUCCAAUGGCAGGAAGGAUGUUUAAGGACUUUAUUUUACCUAUUUGAUUUGUUUGGUUAUUUCCCAUUUAUUGAUUGGUUUCUUUCAAUCUUUUAUGGAACUAGUCUCUUGGGAAUUCCCUGUAUUUCUUCUAAGCUAGAGGAAAUUAUGGACUUUCUAUACAUUCAGUUGGAACAAAGCUGAGAAAGUAGUAUAAUAUACCAUAAGUUAUGAGGGAACCGAGGUGCUUGAAGGUCAUAAAUACCGAUUGCAAUGUUUAAUGCCAUAAAACAAUAGUUGUGAGUUUCAGAAAAUCAAGGAGCUGAUAUUGAUGGUUGAUGAUACAUUGGAUGUAUAAAUAUCCUACUGCCAGCUUGCACAGCCAAAUCAAGGUUAAACGUGGACAUUUUUGGUUGUUUUUUAAACUUAUCAUGCAUUUUUACUGUUUAUAUAUAUAUAGCUAAACAUUGAUCAGAUGAAAUGAACCAGAGAAGACAUUGACAUUAAUUAGAUGGCUUACAUUUA